AAAAUAAUGCACCACUUGGGAACUGACCGCCGUCGCGUACGCACGUUCGCCAACUCUCGCGCUCUAUUUAUAACGAAUUCCGUUCUUGAAGUUUGACGUUUUGUGUUUGUGGAUUUUUAACAGUGAAAAUGAGCGGCAAUUUUCUGACGAUUCCAGGCGACGACCCCAUACAAAGGCGGUCGAGGAGUUCAUCGCUAACAGAUUUAAUAUCGGCGUUCGACACAAAAGCACAGACGCACAGCGACUUACAGAAAGUUACAGCCUUCAGCGGACACUUUGACAAAAACCACAAACCCACAUUCUCAAAGGAUGAGUAUGGCAAGCCUAUUCCCGGAUCGAUGACGGAAUACAGAGGGGCUGAAGCACAAGCGAGAGUGUGUUCAGAGAUGAAGGAACUUUGUGAAAUCAUCAAUGAAUACGGGAAAUCUCCCUGCAAAAGCCUUCUCCCACCAGAACUGAAAGACGCCACCAAAGUCAUCUCAUUCGGAGAAUUAUUUUCGAUAUACACGGUGAUUUCAGACAAACUCGUCGGCAUUUUGCUGAGGUCUAGGAAACACCAGCUGACCUUCUUCGAAGGAGAAGUUUUAUUCCAAAAACGAGAUGACGAUGUCCCGAUCUUCUUGAUGCAAACCAUGAGCGACAUCCGAACAUACUGCGACAACAAGGCGAUGCAGGCGAGGAGAUCCGUGUCGCCCAUGCCUAACUAGAAAAUUAGACUAAGAAACGACAUCGAAAAUAGGGGAUUGGACACUAUUUAUUUAAAAAAAUCCCUGACUCAUAAUAAUUCAUAUAGUACUUAAUGGAGAAACUACUUUUUGGGAAUGUCCUAUCCUCUAUUUAUAGUAUGUAUACUUCAAGGGGCUAGGCUAGUGCUAUGAAGUAAAAUUCAAGAAUCUGUUUCGACUAAAGCAUAGAUUCAAACCCGUGUUGUUUGAAUUUGAAUCUAUAAACUGUGGCGUCACUGAUGUGUGAAUAGACACAUCAGUGAAGCCACAGUUGCAAGUACAGUUUGAAUUCUUUCGUUAGCUAGUUGCCAAGUCGAUCAUGUAACAAAUACCAAAGAUGCAACAAUUUCGCUAGAAAUUAAAAAUAGUUUAAUAGCUUUUUUAAGGAAUCGUUGUAAUAUAAAAAAUGUACUUACUAUGUUACCAAACUAGUCUAUAUUAUAAAUUGUAUUUAAAUUAAUUGUGUUUGAAUAAAGUCAUAUUUUUGGAAAUUUGUAUUAGUUUAGGCAUAAAAUAGCAUAGAAAGAUAUUCAUGAAAACAAGGGACCUUGUAUGUAUAUGUAGAAGCUUCUGUGGGCUAUUUUUUUUUUUGCUUAAGUGGCAGUAGAUGGGUUUUUUAUGCAACAUAAUUAUUUUUUGUAAAAUAUUUGCGGAAUAUUAUUUUGGAGCUUACGCUUAGAAUAAUUAAUUGAUGAUAGUUACAAAGAGUAAAAGAAAAUUGAUCUGUCUGAAAUAGCUUCAUUCAGAAAACUUUUUCAGUGCACAAGAUUUGAUCAAAAUGUUUAAAGUUCAGUACAGAAUUUUAAGUAGAAUGUCGUGGUAAAAUUUUGUGCAAUUUUCCUGCGCUAUGCUAGACACUGGGGGUGUGUGGCCGAAAAUAGAAUUUGUCAGAAAUUGUCAAAAUGGGCAACCGUUGAAACUUUAACAAGUUUUUUGCGAAGACACAUUUGCUAAGUUCAAUAGUGACGUUUUCCCAUACAUUUUUUUAACAGUAAAUACUUUGCACUUGCCGCUACACGAACGCCUAGGUACAAUUUUAUUUUUGACAAACGCCCCCAAUUAUUACACAUGCGAUGUAAUUCUAUCAGUCUGUUCAUUAUUAUGCGUUCCAUGUCUAAAUAGGUCAAAUAGUUCUGGUUUAUUCGCUUAGGUAUACCUAUAAUGCUUACCUAUAAUGACUGUCACAAAAAGAUAUUAUCGAGCAUGUCUCUUUCAAAAUCCGUGAUAAAACUAUCCUAUUUUUGUGCCUUAGGUUGGAACUAAUUCAGUGGUAUAAGCUA